AUGGAAGAUGCGCCUCGUGUGACUCCCCGCCAGAUCUGGGCGAACCCGGCGACGACCACGACCAAGACCUAUUCGUCUGGAUGCACCCCGUUCAUCUUACCUAGCAAUGGGGUUAUACAUGUCAACAAUUCUUACGCUUUUACCAUCACCGAUAAUGCCGUCUUUGAACCGGUCUGCACUGGCGAUCCGAUGGACUAUACCCAUGUAUCGGCGGUCCUCGAUACCCGUGAUCCGUUCUAUUCCUCCCUAUACGCGAUUGGCUGCGCAACUGUUGUCAGCUAUGUCCUCGUUAUAAUUCUCCUGAUCACUCCCCGAACCUUCUUCAUUGGUGGCCCCGGCGGCGGCGCAAACUUCCUCGGAAGACAUGGCAUGAUCAGUGGUUCAUAUAGUGGGAAUUCGUCGGUCGUCGGAGUUGGAGGUCGGCCAUGGCUGCAGAAAGUAGCGGCAAUUCUCGUUGCGAUAUCUCUAACUAUCGCCACGGUGGACUCUUUCAAAGUUGCUGAGCUGCAGUACACAUAUGGUUACUCGGAUGCCGAGGCCCUAUCGGAAGAAGUGAUCGAUGGGACAGAGAUUCGUAUCGUUCGCGUGAUCUCAAGUACAUUCGUCUGGCUGGCGCAAGUCCAGACCUUGAUUCGACUAUUCCCCCGACAUAAGGAGAAAGUGAUGAUCAAGUGGGCCGGGUUUGCGCUGAUUGUGCUAGACACAACGUUCAGUAUUUUGGAGAAUUUCUAUGUCAAGAAUACAUCUCCACGACCCCGGCUAUACGAUGAUGCGAUUCCCGCACUCAGCUACUUGUUUGAGCUGGCGCUCAAUCUCUUAUAUGCCGCAUGGGUCAUUUUCUAUUCGAUUUCGAAACAUCGCUAUGCCUUUUUUCACCCGAAGAUGCGCAAUAUCUGUUUUGUUGCUCUUUUGUCAUUAUGUGCGAUUUUGAUACCGGUGGUUUUCUUCGUCAUGGAUAUCGCACGCCCUGAAAUCGCUGGUUGGGGUACCUAUAUCCGAUGGGUUGGUUCCGCCGCCGCGAGUGUGGUGGUGUGGGAAUGGGUAGAGCGUAUAGAAGCGCUUGAACGUGACGAGACGAAAGAUGGAAUCCUUGGUAGAGAGGUCUUUGACGGGGAUGAGAUGCUUGAAGUGACUCCGUCCGAGGAGGUUGAUUGGCCUCGUUACGGCCCAAGAAACGACAAGGGAGGUGGAGGUGGUGCAGCUUCGGGUUGGGGUGGCAUGAUAGGGUUGGCCCAUCGUCCUCUGCGAACUCGCGUUGGCAUCCGUGGAACCCGGAAUCGGGGUGUCCCAGCCAAUGUGCCAAAUUCCAACAAUCCUGCAGCUCCUCGGAACCCGAACAACCCUCACCCUACUCCACCUCCAGCAACCUCAACACCGGUCAGCCGCGCGGACACCACUAGCGCUGCGAGCACGGUAUAUAAUGUUCACUAUCAUCCAGUCGCCAGCCCAACACCGCCCGUGGCGAUGCCACAGAUGGAAGAAGAAGACGAGUUCGAGGAGGGCAAGGAAAUUGAGAUUGAGGGAGAUUGGGAACCACAGGUUGCGAAAAAUCUGGCCCCCGAAGAAGCCAGAGAACAGUCACCGCACAUUGCUCCUGCUGAUCCGCGCUGGCGCAAUCUCAUCAACCAUUUCAAACGAAGACGCGCAUCCCUUCCCCGAGAGGUGGCCUUCGCCCAAGCCGUCGAAGAAACUGCACCAGGAAGCGAAGGCUACUCAUCUGAUGACAAUCCAGAUGCGCAAACCUCGCAGGCAAGAAACAACACGUCCUUUUUCAACGGCAAAGGGCUCUCCAGCGCCGGCCAGCAAAAUGUCAACGCAACCUUACCGGUCACCGUCAUCCCAGCCCGACGCCGCGGCCAGCACACCUGGUCUCCUCAGAAUCAUCUCCUGGAACCAUCCUCGCCACGUGAGCCCCAGCCCCCGCCCCGUCCUGGUCGCUCUGAUCUGCCUGUACGGGUCAUUCCAUCCCAGCCACAAGCCUCGGCCCCCUGGACCGAUGCAGACAUGGAGCACGGCGGCAACUACGUCUUGCGCUACGAUCCGGAGACAGCGGAAUUGAUCGACGAAGACGUCAGUCAGGUUCGAGACCGCGAUGCCUCCGGUGACCAUAUAAGCUGGACGGAGUCGACAAUCUCAGAGAGCAAUGAUGCCGGUCGUGCUCAAGGCGCAGAGCCCCGACCUGGUCAUGGGAAUGAAUAG